UUUCUGAAUGUACUUUUAAUUAGCAGUGUUUGCUUGCUUUUUACGCCUUACCCACACUUGAUUGACUUGUUUUUAAGGUAUCUAAAUAUGGCGGGGAGGAGGUUCAGUGUUUAGAAACCUAGAUGUACAUUGCAUGACACAGAUCUGCACUCCCCCACAAACCAGCAUCCUACUUCCCAUAUUGUAUGCACGAUUGUCCAAAUUGGGAGAUCCAGUCAUUAGUAGACCUUCAGAUUUACCUAACCCUGAAUAUUAAAAAACUACCAGGGAAGAGUCUGUGUUCAUAUAAAGCAGCAUCACCCAGUUAGUGAGUUCACGUUCCAUCUCAAGGAAGGUGAGGACCUCUUGAGGGAUGGGAUGGGCAGGCUGAACUGGGAAAAUUGCAGAUUGUUUUUUCCUUUCUUUUAAUUCCACAACGAGGUGCAAUAUUGCCCUAGCAUAAUUGUGUUAUGCUUCCGUACUACAGUGCCACCAAGAUGUUAUGUAAUGGAAAGGCAGGAAAGGAAAAGCCCUUUGUGUAGAGACCUGAUCUUAAGUCUGCAAUGAAAGCAGCAGUCCAUACAGCAACUUAACAGCCUUUUAAAAGAAAAUGUGUGUGUAUGUGUUUAUGCAGAGGGUGGAAUAUUCACAAUGUAAUGUUUGAACAGGUAGGUUUUUAUCCAUUGUGUUAGGGUUUGUGACAGCAUGGAAUAUUUCAAAACGUAAAACAAGCAGGUAAAACAAGGUAAAACUCUUGUAACAAGAGUUACAAUAUGCCAAAAGUGUGUUCAAAACUUAAAAGUUCCUUCCUUGGGUGUAUCAAGAGAUUAAGCCUAUACUGAUGUGCCAUAAUUAAAUGGCAUGCUGUAUGUAUAAGUUGGAAUUGGAAUGCCUUUGUUUUUAAGGUUCUUAACAGCUUGCCCACUUAGUGCCAAAUCUAUUCAGAUUACACAGAAUCUGACAUCUAUUACUUGUAAAUAUUAAAUGCACUGAGAGGGAAUAAUAUUUAUGAGGUGUGUGAUUUUCAUGUUUUUCUUUUCCCAACUCAACAGCAUUUUAUCCACAUAUAACUUUUAGGUAAUAUCAGUGCUAUUUUGGGAAACAUUCCAAAAAAUCUCCACAUUGCCUUUCCUAGUCCUCCUGAUCCCACAUUUCUUUUACUUUAGUGAUCUGCCUCUUUCCCCUCUUUCUUUCAAUCCCAUUAAGCUUUAAUAUAUAUUUAUAGAUACAUUUCAACACAUGCCUAACCAUAGCCCAUGUUUCUAUACAUCUUCUAACUGGAAUAUUGUUGGUCUUACCCCUACCUGUUUGUAAAUCCCCAGAAAAAUGUCUCCGUUUAAGUUAUUCCCUUUGGUUUCUGCUGUUGUGCCAUUUGGUUUCUGCUGUUGUCCAUCAUAUGCAUUCCAGGCCUCCUCCUAUCUGGUACUCAUGGCCAUCCUUGCCCAUUACUUGGAGCCCUUAAAGCAAGCUUGGUUAUUUCCCUGAUAAAUAUAUCCAAUCCCCUUUUAGUUAUGAAUACUUGUGGCUGAGGAGAUAGCAAAAUACUUGAGGCUUAUCUUCUCGGCCUCCGCUUACCAUAUCUAGUUCUCAGACUUGGUAGACUAAUAGCAUGAUUGAAAAGGUAAGCUGAACGUUGACUUUUCCAUGAGUUGCAAUUAAAAAUAAUUUAACUCCCAGAAACUCCUCUGGAUGGCUGCAAGUGGGUUCAGUGGUUAGUCUGGGAAGCUUUCAAUAUGUAAAACCAUUUUUGCCCUAAAUAUUGCUUUUCUAAAAUGUCAAACUUAAAAGGGGGGAUUUGAGUGUGUUUGAUAAGCAAAGCAUCUUGGCUGUUGCAGAUAAAUCAAGAAUUAAUAGCCAGGAAGAACUAUGACAAAAGAAGCUCAGUACACUAAUGUGAAUCGUUUCUUUACAAUUUGGUUGAAGCACCAGAUGUGACUUUUACUCUCUAUCUUUGGUGAAUGCAUUUGACAGAUUUUUUAAAAAAUAUAAUAUUGCAGUUCUGAAUUUAUAAAAUACUUGGCAAGUUGUCACAGUGGCCUUUGAAUAAACUAGCACAAGUGACUUGCAAGCAUUAAUUCAUUAUACCUGUCAUUGUUCUCUUAAUGCUUGACAUGUCACUUUUACAGGUUUAUUUAUGUAAAAGUUGUUGGAAUUUGAUGGUAAAUCUCAUCUGUCAUUCUGUGUUUUAAAGAUAAACUUGGCUUUGUAUUUAGCCAGUGCUAUCUUUUUGGCAAGUGUGGUGCAGUGAUGUUUGUAAUGGGAAGAUGCAGAAAACUUUUGAAGUAUAUUCAGGCUUAAAUUACACAUUAUUUUGAGUGUGUUUCAGAAUGAGGGAGAUCAUUGUAUCAUUCUGGCUAUGACCCCUUCCCAGUUCAUUUUUCAGAAGUUUGUUUAUAAAGGAACUACAGCAGAGCAGAGUGGAGUGGGGAUAAGAAAGAAGAGGAGGUAAGGAGGAAAAUUGAGGGAGGAGAUUAGUCUUCCUGUAACUUAGAACAUAAUUACCAAAAGUUGUAAAAUCACUGUGAUGCAAACUUCUUUGGAUAGCUUAUAUAAGUUGGAAAGAUGAGUUAUUAAGGAUUUUCAUAAAGAAAUAUAGAUUGAAAUGCAUAAAAGUGCAACUUUCAGUGCCUCAGAAUAAAUUUAUGAAUUUACUUCUACACUAUGUUGCCAUUAUUAUUAAAUUUAGAACCAGCUCUCACCCUCCUGCUUCCAUGCAAUCUAUUUUUUAAAAAAUCAUUAAAACAUUCUAAAACCCCUAAAAGCCCACAUGCAAAAACUAUUCAGUAACAUUUGAGGGCAACUUUAAAAUAGAAAAGUGACACAAAACAUUGCACGUUAUUAUUAAUUUUUUGAAUUUCUUAUGUGAAAUUUAUAAAACUAAAGCUUAUACAGCAUGUUACUUUCAGGAUGCAAAAAAUGCACCAUUAGUAGUUAUAUAUAUUCUCUUUCCAAAACUGACAUUGAAUGUCAGGUCAACCAUGUGUUUUUGAUUUCUCGUUAACAUACAAAUGGGAGCCACACUGCUAUGAUUCCAGUUUCCACUCUUUUUGAUAUUUUCAGUUUAUGUGUCAGUUUGAGUGCCACUGACCAUAUCCAUUCAUCCAUCUAGUCCAUGUUCCUUCUUUUUGUCUGUCCCAUUUUUCAAUGGGCUGCUACUUCCAAGCAGGCAGCUGCCAGUAGGAGUUGUAUCAAGUCCUUGUAUGUCAAAUUCUCUUUCUAACCAAUAAAAAUUGACCAUAAAAACAAUGCUACCUAACACCACCCCCUCAUUUGAGUUGUUAUUUCAUUAAGACCCGGAUCUACAUUCCACACCAUUCUGUAAUGAACUGGUAGCUAAACUACUUUAUUUAUUUAUCUAUCAAUUUAUAUCCUGCCUUUUUCCUACAAAGGGCUCAAGGCAGCUUACAUCAUUCUCCUCCUCCAUCUUAUCCCCACAACAACAACCCUGUGAGGUAGGUUGGGCUGAGAGUCUGCGACUGGCCCAAAGUCACCCAGUUGGCUCCAUGGCUGAGCAGGGACUAGAACCCAGAUCACCUGAGUCCCAGUCCCAUGCCCUUAACCACUACACCACACUCUCUUGUGGCUCAGUGUGCCAUUUGAACCACAAUCUCUCCAAAAGGGCAGGGAUAACCCUAGGGACAUACUAGAAGGGGAAAGGGGAACGCUGCCGGUGAUGCACCAUUUUCAGGGAUUCUUCCAUAGUCGCCCAAUAGUUCUAAUAGUGGAUAAGGGAAUGACCACAUAUGAUUCUGCUGGAAAUCUGAAACCUGUGAAAACAAGAUCAGUUUUCCAUUGGCUCUUAAGUUCCAAGGAGGUAUUAUUGCUUGCUUUCCUGAAGCAGCCAGCCACAUAGUAAUAAGGCUUCCCUUCUGAUGCUGAUUGACCAGUCUCAUAGCUUGUCUAGUAGCGUGAGUGACCGAUCUGGUUCCUUUGCAUCCUGCUCAUUUUCCCAUUGAGAAAGGCCCUGGGCAGAGACUCCAUGAAAAUUGGUUUACCCUUGGGGAACAAAUCUCAAAUACAAUAUUAUAUGCGUUUGUGCAUGUCUCAUGUUAUUAUUUGCUCAACAGAAAAACUAGUCUGUACUGCAUUUCUAAAGGAAAGAAAAGGAACCAGUCUCAUAUCCCUUCAGAAAGAACACUAAAAUGUGGAAUAAUAGUGCAUUUUAAAUGUACUCCUGUUUAUAAAAAAGAUGAACUAUAACUUAUUAUGUAUUUCAUUUUAUACCAUAGAAUAUCCAAAGCUCUCUUUAAAUAUUUAAAAAGUAAAAACACAGCAGUUACAUACUCCUGAAGAGAUUCUAUUAUCCAUUCUGAGUUUCACUUAUUUCAGGAGCAGGGUGGAAUGAGCUAAAUCAAGGCUUUUUAAAUUAGUGAUAUUAAUCUAGCACAAGAGAGACCACUUUUAAUUUUCCCCUAUAAUGUAAUGCAUAUAUUUCUUGGACAAGCAUAGCAUCAAGUGGCUGCUAUAGCAAUUUGAAACAUUUGGGCUUGUAUCCAGGCUUUGCUCUCACCAUUGGGAGCAUUCCAUGAAUGGAGUUCAGCUUUAGAGGAUGCUUCCUUCCAUUGGCAGAAGCACAAGAGGUGACUUGCCAAUUCCCACUUCCCCCUGCAGUCCAUUAUGCUAGCCAAAAAGUAUGUAUUUAUUUAUUACAUUUCUAUACUGCCCGAUAGCUAAAGCUCUCUGGACAAUUUGUGAAAAAAGUUAAACCCUAAACUAUUGCAUACUUACUUUAAAACAGGAUAAAACUAGCAUAAAAAUCAGCAGGGGGGAAGCUCUUAAAAUACAGAAACACGUUUAAAGCACAACUGCAGUGGGAGUGUCCACAUGUUUCAUGUUUGCCUCAUUGCAGGAAACCUGAGAGGAUGAAGUGAAGGUGAAGGUCAUCUGGGCUUGUCUCAGCAGUGGGCACCUCAACACAGUGCUGGACUGGUGAGAAAUAAGCUGACAGGCAGCACGCCAAAGCCAAAAGCAGAGCUCAGAAUGAAACGAGGAGGAGGCUGAUCGGGACCAAAUAGUUUUCCAGAAGGGUGGAGGAUCCUCCAGAUCAUGUUGGUGGUAGCACUGGGUGCAACUUAGAAAGGGGAAUUGGGAAAACACUACCCAUCCUCUUACGCCCUCAUGAUCCCUCUACUAGAACAAACUUUUUCUGAGUUUAUCUUCUGAGUAAAAGACUUUAUGAAGGGAGGAAUUUAAAUCCAGCCCUUGCUGAACAACUAAAUGAGGCAGUAAUGCAACCUUAGGUCCACAAUCAGAACAAUUUGGACAUGAAGCCCAUUUUCAAAAUUUCCUGUUUAGUGAGGCCACAGUAUUUAGUUUAUCUGGUCAGUUAAUUCUAUUAUUAUUUUUAAUUAGACAUUUUAUCAGUUAGUUCCUUAGUUUUUGAUGCAACAGAGGAACUGCCAGGUUUAAGUGGACCCUGGACAAAGUGUCUUCUGUCCCACUUCCUUGACUGUUUUCCCCCACUUGUAGAAAACUGACACAACAAAGGAAAAGCUAAGGUAGAACCCCGCCGUUAUGCAACUCAGUGAGCUUGUCAAGGGCAUGAUAAUUAUUACUAUUGGGAGGUAAACCUGCAGAAAGAAUUUAAGUUUUAAAAAUAAAUAUUUGCCCAGAAGUUUUGUUCAAAAGGCUGCACUGAGCAUACACUGCUUCGUGAGGUCAUAAAGCUAUUCUAAUGACACUUCUGUUGUUACGGUAACGUGAUGUCAUGACCUUUGUUUUGAUUUCAGAACCUUGAUCUUGAGGUGGGCUCAUCAUUCCUUAAACUUAGGCUUUUAAUUAAAAGAUGGCUGGAAAAAUGUCCAAACACAAAUCCUUCAGUUCUUGAAAUAAGCUUUCUAAGAAUAUAUGCAACCUCUUCCCCAAACUGGAAUUCCAGAGAGCAUGGGUCUGUCUUUUCUCUGGAAAGUAUCCAUGUCAGAUCUCUAAAAUACAGUAUUAAUUAUCCAUGAAUUUAUUGAGCUAUCCAGACUUCAUCUUAUCUUUUAUUACAACACAUGGGUUGCAAACUGGCAAAAUUCUUUCAUGCCUUUUUUGGAUUCGAUCAAUUGGUUCAUUUUGAUUUAAUAACCAGCUGCAAGAAAGAGGUGGUAAGUCUACUACGAUUAUAUAUUGAUAGUAAAACAAAAUUUUUGAGUAGUAAUGCUAAUCCAGACAAUUCUUAUAUUUAAAAGCAUAUCUUGCUAUUUCUUUAUAUUAUUCUCCUAUAAAGCUUUCUGGUAAUGUGGAAAAUCACAAUAAACAAUUCACUUUUUUCCAUCCUACAAAUUCCACAAACCAACAGAAGUAGGCAAGUUUUUCUCUAAAGAUCGAUGGCUAUUAAAAUGUAGCUUGCACAUUUGGGGUAUAGAGGAUCGCAUCUCCCACCUUGCUGGGGAGGAAAAGGCUAAAGAAUUGUUUACAUCAAUGGGAGUCAUAAUGUUUGUCUAGUUGUAUCAUGUCUGGAUAUGCUACUUCACCUAAAAGUAAUAACGUGUAUCUCUUAGCUGUGGCAGCAAGGGAGGAAAAAGUGCUGGAAAGCCUUCAGUAGGACUACCCAAAGGUCUCCUUCUCUGUCAGAAGAUUUUCUUCAGAAGAUGCGUGGAAGAGAUGGCUAUUUUUAUCCUAUGCUAUCCAGGAACAUUUUGGACCUAAGUCUCUUAGACAAGGUGAUCACAAAAAUGGGCUAGGAUUGAGCAGGACUAUGCAGAAGAAACUUGGAGUUUCAGACAAGGAAUGAAGGAAAGGGCUUAGAGUGUCAUAUUAUUAUGCAGUUAAAGUAUGAUAAUGCUUUGUAAACCUUUCCAUUCAGGAUAAUUUUAGCAAGGUUAAUGGCAGUGACCAGAAAUGUCAAUUUUAAUGUUUUUGAACAUGAACAGUCUAGGGGAAGAGUGUGCUAUAAUGCAAUUUUAGAGAAAAAGAGUUAAAGUUAUAUAAGUAUAGUGCUGUAUUACUAAUUAAAAAGAAUAAUUAACAAAAUUAUUUUGAUCACCUCCUUUAUUAACCACCAUGCUUCAACAGUAGUUAUGGGAAAGGGGCUUUUUCUAGUGUACAUCAAUAUAUCAUCUUUCCAACUAUAUAGUUUUAUCUCAUUGUAGAGGUACAACAGCCAUUUAAAUGGUUUUGCUAUUUAAAUUUCCCUUUAGCUCACUCCUGUUGCUAAAAUGGAGGUGGUACAUUUUUGUGAGUGCUUUUGCAUCCCUCUAGGCUAUGGUUCAUCUCCAGCCUCUGAUUAUUUGGUGGUUUUCCAGCUUUUGUAUGGUUUUUCCCCUAUUCUAGAAGAUCAAAAUACCUCUCCCAAGGUUUAAGUGACAGGAAGGGCUUAAAAUAAAACAUCUUGAUAUGUUUGCCAUGUUGGCUUUGUCUCUUUUACCUUUGCCACUGCUCACUCCUGGAAUGCCGCCUCCAAAAGCUUCCCCAAAAUGGAAUUUAGCCCACAGACUGAAAGAGGUUCUGCACCCCUGUGUUAGGAAGAUGAGACCAAGAGCUGGAUAUCUCCCUUUCAUUUGAAUGUACAUCCCAAUAUGAGGGACUUUUUCUCCUCAAACAGGGAUGGAUUUCCUUGCCUUCUCCACGAGGAAUGACAUGUAAGGGAAACAACAGUUGAGAAAAAAUGUUUUUGUCCCGAAAAAAGAAGUGCAUCCACAAAGAUGGGUUAGGCUGAGGCAUUUCACUGCCUGAGGUAAGGGUCAGAAUGUCUCCAAACUCUCUCCACUACCAUUCUGUCUACAGAAGCUGACUAAACUGUGUUGAAUCUUAAUUGCCAAUUCUAUACUGGCAAUGAGACACUGUAGUUGAGGAAAGCAGGGUAGCUUAGGGGUCGAAAGCAGACAGUGUGGUAUACUCACCACUAAUCCCCACAGCAGCCGUCUCUCUCUGCCUAAUAGUAGGCUCAGCUCUCAAUGACAAGUUUUGCAGCUUAAAUGCAACCUUCCAUAAAGAAACUUACGAAAAUAGGGUCAAAUGCUGGUCAUUCCAUUUUUUCCUUCUGAAACAGAAAAUAAUCAUGUCUUCAUAAGUUGAGUGGUGCAAAUGUUCAAUUGCAGCAUUUAUUGAUAUGAAAUGUUAGACAUUUUGGGAUUUUCUGGAACUUACAGAUCUUGCAUUGUUAAAAUUCUUGUCAUCACAGACAAGCAAGCUCCUUCUUUAUCAUAUGGCUGACCAUUGUUCUUCUUAAUCUUAAUAAAAUUUCAUCAACACAGCAGGACAUACUCUGGAUUUGGCUUUUUUGGCCAGGUGUGAGGGUGAUGCUGUGAGUCUGGGACACUUUGUCAUGGUCAGUUCACUGCCUACUGAGAUUUAGACUGAUAGUUGCUUUUGCCCCCCAAAAGGGGGAGACCAAUUAAGAUGGUCCACCUUCAGAGGCUAAUAGAUCUGGAUAGCUUCCAGAAGGCUCCUGGGGGACUUUGCCAACUUAUUUAUGUAUUUAUUUAAAACUUCUGUACCAUCCCAUCACAGACGUCUUGGGACAGUUCACAACAACUGAAAUGGUUGGCACUUCUGUUGAAGCCCUGGUUGAGCUGUGUGGCACUGAAAAGACCCAGUUAGUUGACAUGAUUGCUCCUAAGCACUUUUUGUGCUGUAGAACUCAUACAUCUCCAUGGUAUCUCACCGGACCUGAGAACAAUGAAACAACUUGGAAAUAGCCUGAGUGCAGAUGGAUUCCUAGUGGAUGCGAUCAAACCCUUGUUUAUGCCUAUAACUGGGUCUCCAUAGAGGCAGUGAGCACAGCAAAGAAACAACAUCUCGCUGCCUCCAUUCUGUCUUUCAUUUGCCACCCAGCAGAGCUGUUUAGAGUUGUCUGCUUGCCAGCCCCAUGGAGAUCUUACACCCAACUAAGGCCUGCUGUAGUAUUGAGCACUUCCAGGGAAAAAUAUCUUGCAUUGAUUGGGAAUUGGACUCUAGUUAAAUCUGUUGAGACAACCAGAGCACAGUCUAGGCACAGGAGGCCACAAGAGGGAAGGCUUUCUCUGUGGUAGCCUCCAUCUUUGGAAAGGCCUCCCCAGUGCAGCUUGCCUGGUCCCAACCUUGUCAUCUUUUCUGCACCAGGUUAAGACAGCCCUUUAUUCUGAGGCUUUUAAAGCUAUACAUAGUUAUCCAGGGGCUGGAGGGGAUUACCCAUCCCAGAUGUCUUUCUUCAGUGUAUGUUUUGAGCUAUUUUUAUUAUUUUUUGUUUCUUUUUACAUAAUUUUAUUGGUUUUUAUGUAUAGUUGUAAACCUCUCAUAGAGCUUUGGCCGUAGGUCAGUAUAGAAAUGAAAUUAAUAAUAGCUUUACAAUAUAGGAGAAAGAAGUUAAGUGCAAACACAGGGAAUGUAACCUCAUUUAUUUUAAUUCUGUGUGGUCCCUGGAUGUAUGAUGAAACCCACUUUGGGUUUCGCAAAUUCAAACUAUCUGUCCUCUAUUUAAUCACAGUUCUCCCAUUAAAUAGUGAUCUAUGAGACCUGACCUCAGUAUCUGUAAAAUUUUCUACAAAGUUAUAAUGUUUAAGAAAUGACUCUUGAAAAGGAAAAUUUACCUUUCCCAGGAUAGGUUUCAGUUUGAAUGUUGCUAUAAUUGGAUGUAGUUUAUACAUAAUUAUAUGAAGAUGCCACUGCACAACAAAAAUAAGCAUUUGUUUUCACAUUUUCCCAGCAGCAUUAUUGUAUGUUCAUCUUUAAAUAGAAUUCUCUACUCUUUGCACACUGCCAUGAAUCUAUAUUUAAAAUGUGAGAAUUGACCUGUAUAAGUACUAUGCAGUUUGGCUAUAUACUACUACUGAUUGUUAAGUCUGCAAAUUGAUACCUAGUACUGGCUGUGCUUUACUGGAAGAGGAAAUGGACAACUGAGACAGUUAUGUGGGUCAGUGAUUUACACUCAUAGAAAGAUGAUGCGGUAUAAGUACCCCUAUACUUUUUGUAACUUUUCUAACCCUGUACUUUUAUCCAUGAUUCAAAGAGCUAUGUCAAGUUCUGUCAGGCUGGCAUGGCUUUAGGCCUUUGUAUUUUAUUUAAAGAAUACGCUCUCCUCCCUGCUAUCAUUACCUUCAAAACUGAGGGAAGUUUUAUAUGUAGCUGUAUAUGGGAGCAGUUUACAACGGGAAAAAAACAAACAAACCAGGAUUAGCAAUAGCAAUUUGAAGACCUAGAAAAAUUAAGAAAAAGCUUUUCUCCCCCCCCCCAAUAAGCAGCUUUGGUUUAUGAAAUAUUUUGCAAUUUAAGACAAGAUACUUAUCUUUUGUUAUCCAGCAUUUACUCCCCUCCUCCCAGAUGAUUUCUAAAAACUAUGUAACAUGCAUACCUUUAUAGAUAGACUAGAAACAGUGGCACUGUGGGGAAAGAGAUCAUCCUUCCCAGCACAGUUACUACUUCUGUUCCUUAUUAACAUGAUUGAUCUCAUGUAUCUUUUACUGAUAGAUAUUCAGGGACGGUCCAAGUCAUGCUUAGUUUCUCAUCGUGCAAGCAGAGUCAUAGUAUAUGGAAGAAAAUAUGCUUUCUUGCCCGUUUGGGUUUUGAGCUACAAAGUCCUCUUUCUGAGCUUGUUCUCAUUAGAUGCUGUACUAGUCAAUUAAUGUAUUUGUAAUCUAAAACCCACAUGUGAAAGAAAAAAACACCGUAGGUUACCCUGCCACUGUCACCAGAUGUAACAGAACAACUUGUGAGUUAUUCCACAAAUAUUUCUUUCUUUUUUAAAUUACUUUAAGGCUUGGUUCUAGAGAACUCACUAUCACAAUUUUAAACAAAAUUCCUGUUUGGACAACACCAUGAGGAAAUGCUACCUAAGCUACAGAAAUUUUUAACUGCUCCCAUUAGAAUAGAGCCUUUCUAUCUGAAAGAAACUCAGUAGCCUGAGAUGUGACUGAUAGAACCAUUAGAGACAACCUUUCUAAAUGAACAAAAAAUAAGUUGUUCAUUAAUGGAAAUUUAAUUAAAAUUAACAAAAAUUUAAAAAGUCACCCUGCGAAUAGUAAGAUGAGAUUGCUUAAACAUUCUUGAAUAUGAUUGCUUAUCAGUGUCAUACUGCAUCUUUCCCAGCUAUAUUCCCCGAUACUUUUCAUCAGAUCAGAUUUCUCAAAGCUCUUCAUCCCACAUACUGGAACAGGUUUAAGAAUUUCCUAAACUUCCUUACAAACAGGAAAAAAUGCUGUACGUAAGUUUUCCUUUGCCUCCAGUUCUUCCUGCUUCUUCUGGCUUUUAGGAAGAUCCAGGUGUUUCAGGGACAAAAGUUCCCUCUAGUCAGACAUUAGAAAAGGAUCCUUCCUUUAUCCUUUCUUUAUGCUUUAUCAUCCAUUGUUCGUCUUGGAACGCCUGUCAUCUCUUCCAGCUUUGAUGCAGACCAGUUAAUAAUUUCAGAUAUUUAUCUGGCUAUCGAAUUUGCUGGUCAAAAUCUGAAUGGAUUAGAGAUAUUAUAUUCCAUAGUGUAUUAGCUGGCUGGCAAUUCAGAUUGUGUCCAGAGUUUAUUACUUAUUUGGGAAUGCUUGUCCCUAGGGAUAAAAGAUUAAGCUAAAUUUAAGUAAGCCGAUUAAUGGGAUUUAUUUAUUUAAGAUGUUUAUAUACCAUUCUUUCAGCAUUGCUCUCACAGCCUAUGAAGUACAGUGAAUAUACUUAAACAGAACAUAGUACCUCAAAUUACCUGUUUUUUAAAUAGUAUUACUCUGUACUCAACAAGCAUUUUCAAAAAUGUGAUGGUUUGUUUCAUAAAUAUCUACUGAAUCCCAUUCUACCAUGUAUACUUUUGGAAAAAGUCAACUUUCCAUUAAAGAAGGUGGAUUUAGCUUCCCCAGUCCAUUUUUCUAUCAUUAGGCCCAUUUGCUGACUGGCACUAAACUUUUCCACUCAUUAGACUUUUCUCCCUGAUCAAUUUUGGAAUCUUCAUGUUUAGAGUCUCUCCCUAAAUGGAUUGCCUCUUGGCAUGCCAAAACUGAUAGGAUGCCUCCUGCAGUUACAGCUGUCAGAGGAGUGUGGCACAUAGCGUUGUAUCAGUUGCAGUUCGAUUUAUUUUCACAUGCAAAAUUAACCUUCUGGGGAAACUCAGUUUUCAAGAGCAGCUGAUAAGAACUGUGGGUGCUAAACAUGCUUUUCCAGCAAUGGCUGAAUGGCAAUAUAUGUAGUUGAAACUUAGAUUAGUAUCUUGACUAAGCCUUGCCCCUUUUAGAGCCCACAGUCCAUGUUUAUUGAUAUGAAUUAUUAGUGAACAAAUAUGAAACACAGGGUCUUAAACAAGAAUGGAAUAAUGAAUUGGAGCACCCUCUUUUGCCCAGUCAGUGGAAUACUUCAUUGGCAUCUAUUCCAGGACAGGUAAUGAAUCAUAGGUUACAUUUAAUUCAGAAAAAAAAUGAUAGUUAAGAUCAUUCGCUCCAUUUAAUUCUGCAAAAAAUGAUGCUUCAAGUAUAUUGGACAACACAACAUCAUUACAAGAAGGAUGUAAUUAAUUUGGCCAAUUGUUGGAGGUGAAAUGAAAUUAAAACUUCUCUUUCUCAUAUGUUUUGGGAGUGCCCAAUGACUGCUUCCUCUUGGAAGGGGAUAAUAAUUCAGGUAAAUUUUGUGAUAGAAAUCUCUUUAAGUAUGGAUUUGCCCAUUCAUCUUAAUUAUCAACUCUUGGAACUUAACGCAAGCUCAGCAUAAAUCGAUUGCCUGUGCCAUUCUGUUAGCUGAAAGAGUAUUAUUACAACAUUGGGAGGAUAACUGUCCACUGCAAUAACACAAGGGGUAGAAGACUUGCUAAAACUUUUGCUUUCUGGACUGGUGGGUUUUAGGUGUACUUUACAAAUGCACCAGUAUGUGGGAUAACUUUGUUGAAGUCUAUGAAUAGCAAGCCUGGAGGAAUGUUGUCCAUGGGGUUCUGAUGGGCCAGGCACGAUUUUGCGACUAAACAAUAGCAAUGAAUAGCCAAAGCAAAACAAAACAAAACAAAAAUGCAAAACUAGCAGUACUUAAAUUAAGAUUUUUAAAAUUAUUUAUUACAUUUCUGUACCACCCAUAGUCAAAGAUCUCUGGGCAGUUUACAAAAAGGUGUAAAAACAAAUACAAUAGAUAAAAACAGUGAAAAUGAAUUUAAUAAUAUAUUAAAACAAUAAAAAGACAGACACAGCCAAGAGUAAAACGAGUUCAAUUUCAAUUGAUUGUUCUCAUUCAGUUACAGAUGUACUUAAAUCUCAUAUAAGAAAACUGCAGUCUUAUUUUUUAUUUUAUUCUUCCCUUUCUUGUGCUUUGGUUUUGCUUUCAAAAUUCACUAUAAAAUUAGUUUAAAAAGAUGUAAAAUAGGAACCCAACAUCUGUUAUAUAUAAUUGGGUUUUUAAUAAAAUUGUCAUGUUUUGAUAGUAUUAUUCAGAUUUAAAUGUAUAUUUUCCUCAGACAACAAUUAGAAAUAUACUUACUUAUAGAAGUUUUAAAUAUAAUACUUUCAUGAUCAAACAAAAUUAUAUAUUGAUGACCAUAAAGACUGCCUUAUUUUUGUAAAUCAACCUUCUACUCCCUGGUGCUUUCGAGAUGUUUUGGACUACAAUGCCCAGCAUUCUAUACCUUUGCUUAUGCUGCCUGGGGCUUGAAAGGAGCUGAAAUCCAAAAUAUCUAGAGGGCUCCAAGUUGGGUGUAACAGAAUGGCUUUAGUUCUGUAAAGAGCAUGCAAAAGGAAGUAUUGCUGCUUCUUUCAUUUUUCACCACAUUUGCUGUGUUUUGUCAAUUGUAAUUUCAAUUCAGUAUUUCAAUAAUUAAAAUGUUGCCAUUGCUUGAACAUUUCUGGAAACGUUACCUCUCUAGGUAAUACAGCUACUUGUAUGAGCCUAUACAGUUCUUUGGAUCUUGCUUUUUAAAAUAGCUUAAAUCUUCCAUCAUUCUUUUUGUGGGGCAGGCAUCCAUGGGAGUUUCUUCAGAGCACAGCUGGCUUGCUUCACCACUAUAUCACUAUUUUCAUCCUAAGGAAAGUGCUUAGUGUUUGCUGAUGUUGACAGGUUACAUGGCCCACCUUGGCUGCUAAUUGACUUUGUCAUUAAAAUAUUUUAAUCCCUUUUUUAUUUGUUUGGUUGAGACUUGCAAGAUGUUGGUUCAGCUUAUAACCACUGCAAAUUUAGUAUGUCUAGCCUGCUGACCUUCUGAAUAGUAAGCCAUUCAUUUUAACAGUAGUGCAUUCUGGCCAACCUAAUGGGUGGAUGUCUACUUUAUUGCCCCCAGAUCUCUAAGAACAGUAUCCGAAUUGUUGGUAUUACCCAGGGGUAAUAGGAGUGGCUGGCCACUAAUCAGGUUAUCAGAUAAGUGGAUUUUUCUUAUUGUGAGUUUUAAGCCAAUUUGCAGUUGGAAUGAAUGUCUUGAAAGUAAUAAAUGUAUUCUCAAGGUGGGGCUUUCUCUGUUGUCUGCCUGCCUGGCAGUUCCUGCUGUUUGAAUUCAGCUACCGUAGUUCCUUGUAUACUUGCUGCUUGCAAAAUACUUAUGCUCUUGAUUAAUAAAAGAAUAUUCUUUACAGAAUGUGCAGCUUGCUAUACAGAACUUACCUUCUGCACCGUAAAUAUCCCUCGUAGUAGGUCCCUGAUCUUCCUACAAAAUCUUAUGCGAUUUGGAAUGCCAACACUGAAUCUAAAAUUAUUAAAUAGUAGCAAACCAUUAGAAAAAGAAAUCCAAAAUUGUAAUAUGUAUGGCACUUAAGUGGUGAGCAAGAUUUGAAUUUCUCAGAACUUGUGUGUUUGUGCAAUGAGAGAAAAAGAGACCCAUAAACUUUAUAGGAUUUUAAUUUUCUUUUAAAAUUUAUAAUUUUCACCCCAAAUUGACAAAUACUACAGGAGAAGGCUCAACAAUGCCGGAUUUGGGUUCUGCGCUUUGUCCUUAUGGUAGGGACUAAAGGAGUAGAUGGGGCCAGUCACUAAAUGUCUACAAAAGAGCAGAAAUAGUAAUCUAAAUCGAGGGGCGCUUGGCUAGGUGACCACCAAACCCAUGGUGAAAUAUUCACAUGUGGGUUGCCCACAUUCAUCUCUUGCUCCUGACCCAUUCAUCUUUCUGCCCUCACUGCCUGAAUCUUGAUUGUAAGCUCCUUGGAGCAGGGACUUGUCUCCUCUGCCUUGUCACUGUACAAGCCACUCUGAAUGCUGUUGGAGCUGCGUAGCCAAUAACAUUUGAGGAAUAUUGGUGAGGUCUCUUCCUUUGCUCUCCACUUUUCAAUUCAUGUCACUUUUUUCUGUUAUAAAUUAAGAGUGAAAGCCUAGAAUAACUAAUUCAGUAAAGCUAAAAAUAACAUCCAUUAUCCAUAGGAGGUGGUCAGGAUGUUUUCUCCCCCCACUCCGCCUGCUCCCGCCACUGUACUAGUUGAUAUUUGAGUAAGUGGCAAUCGAUCUUUGUAAUGUCUGGUUCUCAUUUUUCAAAAAUGAAAGGGCUAUGGCUUUAAGUAAUCACUGGCUGCUUGUGCCAAGUGCAGAAGCUGCAGUGUCUGCUUCUGUGUUGGGGGAGAGGCCAGUAGAAGAAGUACGGUAGCUGCACGGCAUGAUGAAGGAGGGCUGAGGCAGUGUCCAAUGGGGUGGUACCUAGUAAGGACUUAAAUGUGGCCCUACCAGUUUGGCCGUGGUAGUGCCUGCCACCUGUGCGCUGCUCCUGCCUGCUGUGUGCACUGGGGGGCGGGGGGCAGCAAAGAAGCUGGGGGCAGCAGCUGUGUACAAUGGGCUGCUCCAGCAGCAGAAUGUGCCUGUACUCUCAGUGUGCUGCAAAAAAGAGGGAGGAAGUACUGAAACAGCGUAAAGAGUUGUCACUGGAGCUUCUCAAUCUGCGUGGAGAAUUGGUAACCAGUUCCGCAGCCUGUGAGAAAUUGGAGAAAGACAGACAUGAAUUACAAGCAGCUUAUGAAGCGUUUGUACAGAAGCUGAACCAGCAACACCAAAGUGAUUUAUCUGAACUGGAAGAGAGGCUGAAGCAGUUUUACACUGCAGAAUGUGAAAAACUGCAGAACAUUUGCAUUGAAGAAGCUGAAAAAUACAAAGCUCAGCUUCAGGAGCAAGUAGACAACUUGAAUGUUACACACGAAAAUUUUAAGCUAGAACUCGAAACCAGUCAUACAGAAAAGAUAGAUGAGCUGAAGAAGGACUAUGAAUCAUCCCUUUCAGAACUCAAGAAGACCCAUGAAUCAGAAAGGGAGACUCUUGAUGCAUCUUUCCAUGAGAAACAAGAACAGCUAGAGGAAAAAAUUGGAGAAUUACAGCGUGAAAAUGAUGCUUUGAAUGAAAAGCUUAAGUUGGAAGAGCAAAAACGUAUAGCCAAAGAAAAAGCCAAUCUUAAAACCCCUCAGAUCAUGUACCUGGAACAAGAACUGGAAAGUCUGAAAGCAGUGUUGGAGAUCAAGAAUGAGAAACUACAUCAGCAAGAUAUCAAACUGUUGAAGAUGGAAAAACUGGUGGAGAACAACGCUGCCUUAAUGGAGAAAAUGAGAAAAUUUCAGCAGGAGAAUGAAGAAUUGAAAGCUCGGAUGGACAAACACAUGGAACUUUCCAGGCAACUGUCCACUGAGCAGGCAGUUUUACAAGAGUCUCUGGAGAAAGAAUCCAAGGUAAAUAAACGCCUGUCCAUGGAGAACGAAGAACUUCUGUGGAAGCUACAUAACGGAGACCUGUGCAGUCCAAAAAAACUAUCCCCUAGUACUCCACCAAUGCCUUUUCAGUCGCCAAGGAAUUCCAGCUCCUUCUCCAGCCCAACUGUGUCACCGAGAUGACACCACUGUAAGGAGAGACUCGCUGUACAAGCAUUUCAUUCAUGCUCUGCAGAACUAAAGACAAAGAUCAAGGGAGCAAAGAGCUAUAUGAGCUGCAUGUGACUGAAAUGUAACUGGAAAACUACUGCUGUGAGAAAUAACUAUAACAUACGGAAAAGUUCAGGAGUAGGAUUCAACACAGUGCUCCUCCAAAAAGACUUCAGUAGUAUCUUCUCUGAACAUUGUUGCACAAAGCACUUAAAAGAGCAAGAAGAGUCUUGUUCAUUAUUGCCUUUUUCACCUAACUCUAGGGAAAAAAUGCUCAGGGGCUUAUAAAUAAAAGAUCACAACCUUUAAUAUGUUCCUUAUUAUAGAAACCUUCUUGUGACUCUGGGUGUGGCGUGAAUGAAUUGUAUGUAGCACACAGUAAGUGUGUGUGUGUGUCGGAUGCCGCCGCCUUCACCAUGUAUAUUAUAAAGGACAAAAGCUGGAAGAAUAUAGUGACAAGUACUUCAUGAAUAAAAUAUUGUCAUUAUGCAUGUUUUAUCAAAGAUUUCCCCCCGCACUGGGACUAAGGAAAAGCCACCACUUGUGCUAUAUGUUCUUCCUAAUCCCUCUACUUCAGUUUUAGUAAAAAGAUGAAAGGAGAAGCUAUUUUUGCUUGAUUUUUGUCAUUGUCUGCCUACUUCAUAGUGGAAUUUAUCAUGACAUCAUCUCUUAAAACAUAACACGUUGUUCAAAAUAUUUUAGGCAACCUCAUUUAUCAACCACACUAGCUACAGUCCCCUCCUUCCCUCUUUCUUUCUUUUUAAAAAGUGGUAGAAAAUCAGACAGGCAGCCAACAGCUGUAGAAAGAAAAGUGCAAAAACAAGGAGAUGAUUUUACCCAAGACGACAGUUUUUCAAAACAAAAGAGAAACUUGUAGAUCUACUGAUUAUUUUUUUCUUCUUCCUUGCAUUGUGAGGAGCAAACAGUCUGAAUUGAUAACAUUGAUGUGCACUUUAACUAGCUACCAUCACAUGGAAAAUUCCUAUGUAGUUCCUAUGUAACAGAUUUAUCCACCUUUUAUAAUUGGCUGCAGGACUGCAUUCUCAGUUUCAUCAGGCUGGAGGCUUUCUCUUACUUCCUUGAAUUGGUGAUGCAAAAUGUCAUUGUUUUGCUGAAUCGAUAUGCGGAAGAUGUUACUGUCAUGGUUAACAUUUAGUACUGUAUUACAAAUUUAAAGAUGACAUAGUGCAUGUCUGCUCUUGUUAAUGACCUAUUCAACAUUUAUUUUGGUGCUUUGACAUGUCUUGUAAGUACAAGCGCACUCUUUAUUAAGAUUAAAUAUUGUCUCUGCUUUCAAGUAUAGAAGGAAUGGAUAAGUGCUAAGGCUACACUGCUGUACCCCAGAACGCACUGAUGCUGCCUUGGCUGUUAAAUAGUCAACUUGCUAGCCAAAGGCUGAUGAGCUCAUGCUGUUAUUUUUGCAGCAAAGAUCUCAAGAUCUACCAGAAAUCAUUGCCUCUUCCAAAAAACCGAAAGGGUGAGUCUUGGGGAAAAUUGGUAAACAAAAUGUCAAACCAAACAUUUUGUCUAGGUUGCAAAAACGUUGGCUGUAAAGGAGGAAGGUUUUAGUUGUUCUGUAAUUAUGGAAGUGCUCUGUAAUAUGAAAAAUUCAAGGCUGAAAUACUUUAAUUUUAUAUUGUAUAAAGUGUGCCUCCCCCAUGGAACAUUUUACUUGCCCACCCCCAUUUAUGGCACUAUACACGCCACUGUAGCUAGAGAUGUCAGCACUUCUAAAUAAGCUGUUGUCCAGAGACUGAUUUAUAUAACCGUGAAAAUCCGCUGUAGGCUCAAACUUGGCUUAAAAGUAUGUCUUGGAGCAAUUUAUUUCUUUGGCAAAGUCAUAUUUGAUCAUAUGUACUGAGUGUUAAAAAUUGAAAUAAAUUUUUUUUACCAGUUUAA